CGCGGGGGGAAAAAACAACGGACUGCCCAAAGCGGACGAUAGGGUUUCCGGAUAAGGGCUGUGUUGACGUCACGUGUCGGCCCGCGGGGUGCCGGCGCAUCUGAUGACGCUGACAUCGCCAUCCUUUUACUUGGCUGCCUGAUACGGUCGGUUAGAGGAGGGAAACGACAUAUUUUGACUACAGGAGGUCAAGAUGCCGACACCGGUUGCAAAAGGGAUUAUCAUAACCGUCUCAGCGCUCGUAGCAGCGGGAAUAGCGGUUUAUGAAUCACCUCAGUUUCGACAAUGGGUCAACAACUCGCGGCGGAAGAUUGCCGUCGCAUUGCACAAUCUCGGCGAUGAGAUUCAGCCUCGAAAUCCCGCGUCUCCUACCAGACAAGACAUAUCUAUGACUGAAGAGCUGGGUCCAGAAGCUGAAGAGCGAAGGCGGCUUGCAAAGGAAGAGCUCCAACGACGACGAUCUGUGCUCGAGGAACACCGGAAAAGAAGAGAAAGCGCACCGUCGGGAUCGUUUGAUAAGCUGGUUGAUGAUGAUGGCCGUCUGCUCCGGACUGAUAGUCCAGACACUUCUGCGGCACCGGCUAGCUCUACGGCCGUGGAAGUGACGACUUCACAGGUCACUCAACGUGGGAAACAGACGGAUUCCUCGACCCCUAUGGCCGGGACGGGAUCGUCCGGCGCUCUUCUUACUAGAGAGAACUUGCAGGUGGCGAUACCAGCAGCUGUAGCUGUAGGUGCAGGUGCAGGUGCAGCUUCCGCUAUGCUCAUUGACUAUACGCCUACAACUGAGACAUCUGGUAUGGAUUUCUCAACUGCUACGCCGAACCAUGCCGAGGUAGAGCGACCCGCCUCGAGGUCCUCGAGUCAUACUGAGGGCUAUUCUGAAGUGCUCUUUGCUCAUCCGGGCUUGUCGACGAACGAUAGUGGUCGCGACUUGAGAUCCCCUUUUUCCGAUCUGUCGGACUUGGAUUCUACGGGGGCUGAACGCGGUGAUCGCCCAUCAACACCAUCUACAGCCGGCAGCUUCAGUCAGAUCUAUGAAUCUGCUGCUGAUGAGUGGUCGGACGGCACGUUGAGUGAUCAUGGACGGUCGACACACGGAGUCGCCACUCCAGCCAGCUGGUCGGAGGUGGGCAGCGUAGUCAGCAAUGAAGAAUUACAACAUCGCUUGUAGGGAGCGAAUUUGUAUAUAAUAAUUCAGAUACUCGGACGGGUUUUGCUUGGAGGCGUGAUAGGACGGGAGUGGUGUCUCGGAGUUUUGUCGAUUUAUGCUCAUUUCGCUGCGAUUUCACAUGGUUUUGUAGAAAUUAGUACAAGCUUUGAUUUUUGAAGCAAAAGAGCUUGGCGAUUAUUAAUGAAAUAUUGCCGGAUCUAAGUUUAGUUUUGGUAAUAUGGGGAAAGCAAAAUGAGCCUCGGCUGUUCCUCGGUUGCCGCUGGAAACUCACUCUCCUCCCUCCUAUAUCAGUACUCUCUGUCCCUCCAAGACUCGCCUCCUCUACUUUCCCUCACCGGAGUUAAUCAGAAUAUUGGUAAGUGACGCUAUGUAAUUUCUAUCUCCCCUCACAAAAUCAGCGGUCUGGACACACUGUCCUUCCCCGCAUAUACCUCCCUGCUACUUAAUGAUCGGGCUUUCCCGCGUUGCUCUUAUCAUUGGCUGUUACCGGGCCAAACCGUGGAAGUUUGAAGUUACUAACGUCGUCUGGAUA